CCUCAGGCUGUGCACGCUGGAAAAUGGAAACGCAUUGAAACAACGUGGAUAGUGAAAGAUUCAGUUGUUAUUUAUUAAAGUAAGCGUUGGCACAAGGUUCGUGUCCUAUGUUUACUUCCGCCUGUGUUUAAUAAUUGGAUUUCUCUACGCGGCUAAAAGAUGGGGAAGGUUCCUAAGAAGAGGAACCUUGCAGACAAGGUCCGCAAGAUGAAGACCUCCAGUGAGAUCAAAAACAACCCAUUUGAGGUGAAAAUAAACAGGAAGAAGUUUGAGGUUCUUGGGAGGAAAUCUAAGCACGAUGUGGGUCUUCCGGGUGUAUCUCGAUCCAAAGCUAUCAAGAAGAGAAAAGAGACCCUCCUGAAGGAAUACCAACAGAAGAACAAGGCCAGUAAAUUCAUUGACAGGCGUAUUGGAGAGUAUGACACCAAGAUGGCACCAGAGGACAAAAUCCUGCAGAGGUUUGCGAUGGAGAGACAGCGUGGCCAUGACAAGAAGGAUGUGUACAACCUGAACGAGGAUGAAGAGCUAACCCAUUAUGGCCAGUCCCUGGCUGAAAUGGAGAAAUUCAAUGACAUUGCGAAUAGCGAUGAUGAGUCCGAAGAGAAGGGUCUUUUAUCCGCUGAGCUGACUGCCUCCCACUUCGGAGGAGGAGGGGGUCUACUCAGGAAGAAAACAUCAGGGGAGCAGCAGGAAGGAAACCAGAGGGCCAAGUCCAGGCAGGAGCUCAUAGAAGAGCUCAUCCAGAAGUCCAAGCAGGAAAAGAGGGAACGACAGGUGCAGAAAGAGGAGGCUCAGGAACUGACUGAGAAGCUGGACCAGGAGUGGAAGAGCAUCCAAGCUCUGAUGGUGAAAAAGACGCCCAAAGCAGAAAGUGCCGACAUACAGGAGGAGAAACCCAAACUAGAAGAAUAUGACAUGAUGGUGAGGGAGCUCGGCUUCGAGAUGAAGGCUCAGCCCUCGGAGAAGUUGAAAACCCCCGAGGAGAUCGCCAGAGAGGAGAGGGAGAAGCUGCAGAAACUAGAGGCUGACCGACUGAGGAGGAUGAUGGGAGAGGAUGUCGGGGACAGUGUACAGAGUCAAAACCACAUGUCUGCGGACGACAUCAACGACGGUUUUAUCCUGGAUACGAACGACAAAAAGACCCUGUCUUACCAGGAUGGAAAAUGGAACAUUGAGGAGGAGUCGGAGGAAGACAAGGGUGGUGACGAAGAAGACGGAGAAAGUGGUGAAGAAGAGGAAGAUGAAGAGGAGAAUGAAAAUGAGGAGGAGGAGUUGAGCAAUGAAGAAGAAGAUGGAGAAGAGGAGGAGGAGGAGGAGGAAGGUGACAGUGAAGAUGAAGAAGAUGGCCACUCGGACCUGGACUCUGAGCAAGAAAGCGAGAACGAGGAGGGGAAACAGGAGGAUGACGAGGUCAUCGCCAAACCAAAGAAAGCUCUCUCCAAAGAGGAGAUCAAGGCCCAGCAGGAGGCAGCAAAAGCCGAGCUCCCGUACACGUUUCCUGCUCCUGAAAGCUACAGUAACCUGAAAGAUUUGCUCCAUGGCCACACUCCUGACAACCAGCGCCUCAUUGUGGCCAGGACCCAGAAGAGCAACCACCCUAGUUUGGCUGUUGGCAAUAAGCUCAAACUUCAGAAACUCUUUGGCUUUCUGUUGGAAUACAUUGGAGAACUGGCCACCAAGAGUCCACCUGAACUCACCACCGUAGAUAAGCUCAUACCUGAGUUGUACGCUCUGUGCCAGGUGUUUCCUGAAGCAGCCUGUCAGGCCAUGCAGACUGUCCUCGGAGAUGCUGGACACAGCAUGGAGGAAGAGCUAGAGGUUAAAGGUCAUGCGUCCUUCCCCAAACUAGAUAUGCUGAUCUACCUGAAGGUGACAGCCCUGCUGUUUCCUACCUCUGACUUCAGACACCCUGUUACAACCCCAGCGUUGCUUUACAUCAGCCAGGCUCUCACCAAGUGUCCAGUCAGAUCACUACAGGACCUAACGUCAGGUUUGGUGCUGUGCUGUCUGGCUGUGGAGUACGUCUCCUUUUCAAAACGCUUCUUCCCAGAGCUCAUCAACUUCCUGACUGGAACGUUACACCUGGCAGUGCAGGACAAAACGUCUCUAGGUUAUACGGUGGUGCCACCCUUCAGGUCAACAGGGAAGUACAGUGAUCUGCUGGUGGUGUCGGACUCGGAGUGCUGCAAGAGUUGGAGCAAGAAAAGCUUGCCACUGUCGGCUACCCAACACCUGGAACUCAGUAGUGACCUGGACAGGGACGAACACAGGUUGAUGUGCUUGUCUACUUGCCUAGACCUGCUGAAGACAUGCUGCAUGUUCUACAAAGACCUUGCGUCUUUUACUCACAUCUUCCAGCCAAUCAGAACGCUCCUUUCCAAACAUCUUUCCACCCAGACAUUACCAGAGCCUCUGCAGGAGCUUCUCAGUGAGAUCCUGGAGACCAUCAGCGGCGCUCCUGUGGCUCUCACUCGGCUAGUUUUUGAGAAGAAGAAGCCAAUUCCUCUGAAGCUUCUCACACCAAAAAUAGUUGAAGUGCUGGACUACGGUAAGAAGCAUGGCAGCACUAGAGAAGAAAGAGAGAAGGAGCGUCUGAAGCACAAGUACAAGAAGGAGUUUAAAGGAGCUCUGAGAGAGAUCAGGAAGGACACGCGCUUCCUGGCCAGAGAGAAACUCAACGAGGUCAUGAGCAGGGAUGCCGAGAGAAAGAGAAAAGUACGGGAGCUCUUUGGCAGCUUGGCCAAUCAGGAAGGAGAGUUUAAAGCCCUGAAGAGGAAGAAGAAGAAGUGAAAUGCAGAGUCUUAGUCUGUACCGUAUCUCUUCUUUUCAUAUGGACUUGUUUGGCUGAACUGUGGAUAACCCGUGCAAGGUUAUUUUUCAUUUUAUACUGGUUAAAAUUUUGCUGUCGUGACCCUGCACCGAGUUGUUGUGAAAUAUACUGACGUUACAGUUGGACUCAGUUGGACUGUUGUUGGAAGUGUUGAUCCACCAGGCACCGAAUAUUUGGUUUGCUUCCUCCUUUUUUCCACCACAGUAACCAUGAUGAUGAAAAUAUAAAAAUAAAUAACUUUUUAAUGUUGUA